AUGGUUGCCAUGAUACGUUCCGCCCUCGCGCUCCUGGCGCUGCAGGUUCUGGGCGCCUUUGCCGCCGUGGAGGAAGCUGCCGCCGAAAUGCCGCAGCUCAACAUUGGCGUCAAGACUACCUUUGUUGAUGCCGACAGCAUUCUCGGCCUCAAGCUGAUCAACGGCCGCCCGACCAAGGCGGCCGUCGAGCUGACGAACCACGAGGCCGAGCCGGUGCGCCUGGCCCUGAUCGGCGGCACCCUUUUGACGACCAACGCGCUCCCAGAAGAUGCGCCGCCAUCGGCCGCCAUCGUGGCCAACCUGACGGGCGUCACGUACGAGAACAGCAAGGACGCCAUCCUGGCGCCCGGCGCGACCAAGGUGUUCCCUUACAGCUUUGUGCUGGACCUGCAGCCGCGCGACGUGAAGCUCAGCCUGCAGGCCGUUGUCAGCUCGAGCGCUGGCCAUGUGUUCCAGCUCGAGGCCCACAGCGACACGGCCACCAUUGUCGACCCACCGAUCAGCUUCUUCGACCCGCAGAUCAUCUUCCUGUACAUCUUCCUCACCGGCGUCUUCGGCGCAACCCUCUACUUUGUCUACAAGACCUGGAUCGAGGCACUCUUCCCCCAGGCCAAGCGCACCGGGGCUGGCCGCAAGAGCCGCAAGGCUGCUGUGGCUGCCGAGCCGACGGCGGCCGACGCUGCCCUCUCCGGCAACGAAUCUACGGGUGCGGGCACUGGCGCCGAAGACUUUGAUGCCAGCUGGAUUCCGGCACAUCACCUGAACAAGCCGGUGGCGAAGCGCGUCAAGAGCGGCCCUGCCAAGAAGAAGACAACUGAAUAG